AUGCAUGAAGUAGGAUCAACGUGGGAUCUCAAUUUCUUCACGCAGCUCGUAUUGACUCUCCUCUUCCUCUCCCUCGGUCUCCUCUUCUUCGUCAAACGAACGGCGGCCAACUACUUCGAGGUCGGCGGCGCCCCCGGUGGUUUCCACCGCCGAAAUUUCAUGGUUCCCCCCGACGCGGCUGAAUGCUCCGUCUGUGGGAAGCUCUCCACCAAGAAGUGCUCUCGUUGCAAAUCCGUUCGAUACUGCUCUGCGGAGUGCCAAAAGUCAGACUGGAACUCGGGGCAUAAACUACAAUGCAAGGUGUUUAAGAGCUCUGGCUCAUCACCUGUGAGAAAGGAUGAUCUCGAUUUCAAAGCUUCUCUCUUUGGGAAUAGGACUGUGUCUAAGACUGCAUUGUCUCCUAAGCUGAGCCAAAGCAAAGCUGUUGUCGUCAAGCCAGGAGAUGUUCUUUUCCCAUACGAGACUUUUGUUAACUAUUUCAACUGGGACAAACCUACAUUGGCUCCUUGUGGGCUCACCAAUUGUGGAAACAGUUGUUUCGCUAAUGUGGUUCUACAAUGCCUUUCAUGGACACGCCCUCUUGUUGCCUACCUACUGGAGAGAGGCCACAAGAGAGAAUGUAGGCGCAAUGAUUGGUGCUUCUUCUGUGAGUUUGAAACCCAUCUCGAAAGAGCAAACAUGAGCCGGUUCCCGUUUUCACCAAUGAACAUUAUCUCGCGGUUGCCUAACAUUGGUGGGAAUCUUGGGCAUGGGAGACAGGAAGACGCUCAUGAGUUGAUGAGGUUUGUAAUUGACAUGAUGCAAUCUGUUUGCCUCGACGAGUUUGGUGGAGAGAAAGCGGUGCCUCCUCGUGCCCAAGAAACAACACUUAUUCAACACAUUUUUGGCGGUCUCCUUCAGUCACAGGUCAAGUGUACUGUUUGCAGUAAUGUUUCUGACCAAUACGAAAAUAUGAUGGAUUUAACGGUUGAGAUCCACGGGGAUGCGGUAUCAUUGGAGGAAUGUCUCGAUCAGUUCACUGCUAAAGAAUGGCUUCAGGGAGAUAACCUUUACAAAUGUGAUAGAUGUAAUGACUAUGUGAAGGCAUGUAAGCGCCUUUCAAUUCGUUCUGCUCCUAAUAUUCUCACAAUUGCCUUGAAAAGAUUCCAGGGUGGGAGGUUUGGUAAACUGAACAAAAGAAUUGGUUUUCCGGAGACAUUUGAUCUCGGCCCUUACACGAGCGGUGGAGGAGAAGGAUCAGAUGUGUACAAUCUUUACGCUGUGAUUGUCCAUUUAGAUAUGUUGAAUGCCUCAUUUUUCGGCCACUACAUUUGCUACGUUAAGGACUUGCGAGGAGACUGGUAUAGAAUAGACGAUUCUGAGGUGGAAAAAGUCGAACUAGAGGAUGUCCUUUCUCAACGAGCAUACAUGCUCCUCUACAGCAGGGUUCAGACUAGACCGUCAAGCCUUAGACCCGAAGAAGUUCAAGAUGAGAAGAAAACAGAUACAUUAAACAUAGAAUCUAGCCAAGAUGGAUCUGUUGAGAGUUCUGGGGUGGGUGCAAAUGUGUCCUCGCUGUGUAACGGCAUCUCCAUCUCACAUUCAGAAGGAUCAUCAUCAUCAUCUUUGUCAUCAUCAGUAAGUGUCUCUGAAAAAGAAGGGGAAGUUGCCGAGAGGGUGGAUACGGUAGAUUCCGAGUCAAAUCCUUCUAUUGACAUGGAACAUGAUUCUGGAACAGAUAAUCAAGAAGGAGAAGUAGUAAAUGGGAAAGAGAAUCCAACGGUUGAAGAACCGGCUAUUGAUUCUUCUUGUUCGGACAAUAAUGCUUCAUCCCCAUCUGCUGCCACAGAAAAUUCAACGGUUGAAGAUCCUGCUUGUUCGGACAUUACUACUUCAUCUCCAUCUGCUGCUAUAGAGUCCAAUCACCAGGAGGAGAAAGAAGGUUCAGACACCAAGAUGAUUGAUGAUGCUCAGUGAAUCCAAAAGGAUAGUGAAAGUCGCAACAUUUUUCAUGGCUCUUGAAGAUCAACAAGGGAGCUUCUAACUUAACAAUAAUGUUGGCAAGUUUGUUUUUAGACGCUGCGGCUUCUGGUGCUUGAAGGAUAUGAUCUAUUUAGAAGAAAUCAUUAGUCCUAUGUGAGAUAGAAACUUCAGGAUCAGCAAGUAUGUAGUAAGUUAUUCUUUGUCUUUUAGAAUAGAUUUUACCAUUGAACCCAAAACCCUUAUAGCAAUAACGAUUAAUACAGUGACAACUUCUGUGCUUAGUGGUGGACUAGUUCACUAUGGUUUCUGGUUUUUGAUUUCUUUUAUAUCUAUGCAUCUUCAGACUGAGGA